AUGACGGGCACACGUGAAUCGAUCGUGGCAGCACAUGUGUCAUUUCUGGGUUAUCUUCUGGUGGGUUAUUGGUUCAGAGAGUCAGAAGGUUACGAUAUCAACUGGACAACUCCAUUCUGUGUAUUGACGUUACGAUUAACUGGACUUGUGAUAAACGUUCACGAUGGAGUUCACUACGAGAAAUUGAAAUCAGAUCAGAAAAGGGAGGCAAUAAAGAAAGUUCCGGGACUUCUCGAAAUCGCCGCUUACACCUUUCUGUACACUGGAACAUUUGUCGGACCACAAUUUACACUCGCAAAAUUUCGAUCGUUCGUGAACGGAGCUUGGCUUGAUGAAAAACGGCAACCAAAGCAGUCGGCGUAA